CUCUGGUAUUAAUGGAGAAGAUGAACCUAACAUCAACUCUUCAGCUAGAUUCCUCUUUUUAUCUCUCUCGCUCUCUCUCUUUUAGAUCUCUUUUCGCUCCCAUAUGUCUAUGCUUCUGAGACGGCUCUCGAGUCUCGGACUUGGGAAACCUCAUGUGUCCGUGAGAUCCUCUCUUCUUCUUCACUCUAGAGGAUUCUCAACUUCCUUGCUUCAAACCCCUCCUUGUAGAAUCGUCUUGGCCGAGCCCUGUGGAGGGGAUCUCGGAAAACUUGUGGUAAUGAAUUUAAAUGAACUUGAGUGCAAGGAUUUGGAGAAGAAGGUGCCUCUGGAGUUAGUGGAUGAUGAAGACUCAAAGAUAAUAAUAGGGGCAUCCGGUGGCUGGAUAGCUACUCUAAAGGAAGAUGGAGUGCUGCGUCUCCAAGACGAUUUCAACCCUGUUGCUUCUGAUACAAAUCCGAAACGCAUCCCACUGCCUCCUCUGGUGACUCUGCCUCAUUGCCAAACCAAAAUCAUCACCAACGUGUCAGUGUCCUCAUCUUCUCCAGAGGAUGAUGAGGACUGUGUCGUGGCUAUCAAGUUCUUGGGACCGCAGCUCAGCUUUUGCAAACCAGCCGGUAAGAGUGGUAAACCAGAGUGGACCAACAUCAAGAUCGAAAACCCCUGCUUCUACUCCUCCCGUGUCAUGUUUUCCAAGAAAGACAAUAUGUUUCGUAUUCCCGGAUCUGGAGGCCAUCUCAUCGGUUCAUGGGAUCCCUACAAACCCAGCAAUAACCCCACGUUUCAGAGGUUGCGGUUUAAAAACAUGCCCAAGCUCACCAAGGCUAAACAGAAUCUUAUGGAUUUGUGCUGCAGGAGCGAGCACUUGGUGGAAUCACGACCCACGGGUGAAACUUUCUUGGUCAAGCAGUACAAGAAGACAAUCAAGAUCACCAAGGCUGGUAUCGCUAGAAUGAGAACCAAAACUUUAAUGGUGUACAAGCUAGACGAUGAAGGAAACGCUGUCUACACUCAAGACAUUGGAGAUCUUAACAUAUUCCUUUCAUUGUCUGAACCUUUCUGUGUCCCUGCUACUUCCUUUCCUGAUUUGCUCCCUAACAGUGUCGAUUUCAUAGAUUUCGACGAAUCAGGUUUCGUCUGUCUGAAAUCCACAAGAGUCUGGAGUAGAUCUUAUACAUGUAGUGCCCCUUUCUACAUUCCACCACAACAUAUUAUCAAGUCUUAGAUUUGGAUACUGAGUCUGUUUUUC